AACUGGACCUAAUGGGUGGAGUUAUGUUUAGUGAUAGGGUUGUGGUCAGGGUUAGGUUGGCUCUGCAGUGAGCAGCCUCUCUUUUUGAAUCCAUCUUGGUUCCUAACUCCUUUAAAACUGCUGUCUUUCAGACUCUGAAGAAGAAGAAGCAGGAGGAAUUACUCCAGGAGAAACUACUGACAUACUAUUGGAAAGAUGGAGUUUGAGGAAGAACCCUGCAGAAUGAGAGAUGAAGAUACAGAGGAACAAACAGAUGAAGAAGGAAAGGAUGUCAGUCGAAAACAAGCUAGAAAAACUGGAGUCAAAAAACCUUUCACCUGCUCUGAUUGUGGAAAGGGUUACUCACGUAAACCAGACCUUAACAGACACAUGAGAAUUCACACUGGAGAAAGACUGUUCACAUGCACUCAGUGUGGAAAGGUUUUCACAGAUAAAGGAAAGCUGGAUGUACACAUGAGAGUUCACACUGGAGAAAGACCGUUCACAUGCACUCAGUGUGGACAGAGUUACAUACAUAAACCAGACCUUAACAGACACAUGAGGAUUCACACCGGAGAGAGGCCUUAUACAUGCACUCAGUGUGGAAAGAGCUUCAUCGACACACAAAUCUUGAAAUCGCACAUGAUGACUCACUCUGGAGAGAAACCGUUCACAUGCACUCAGUGUGGAAAGAGUUUCGUAUCCAGAAGCUUUCUUAAAGAUCAUCUGCUCUCUCACACCGGAGUGAAGUCGUUCCGUUGUGAUCAGUGUGAUAAAACAUUUGCUGUGGCAACAAACUUAAAAAGACAUCUUAAAGUUCAUGCUGGCGUGAAGCCUCACUUUUGUUCUUUUUGUGAAAAGACUUUUGCACAUCUGCAAAAGUUAAAAGAGCAUGAGCGUAUUCAUACUGGUGUGAAACCUCAUGCGUGCUUGGACUGUGGAAAGAGCUACACGACAUCGUGUGCAUUAAAAACACACCAGAGGAUUCACACUGGAGAGAAACCAUACAUGUGCUCACACUGUGAAAAGUGUUUUGCUCAUUUAUCAUCCCUGCAAGCUCAUGAAAAAGUUCAUACUGGGGAAAAGCCAUACAAGUGCCCUUCAUGUGGGAAGAGUUUUGCUCACUACCCAAAUCUGCACGUUCAUAUUAAAAAAAAGCGUUGCCCAAAGUUGGCUGAGUGAAAAAUGUUUCCGAUUUCAGAUUCAUCGCAUCACAUUUGGUUAACAACUCUUGAAAGAUGAAAAGAUAUUAAAUCAGUCAAGUUUGGCUAUGGGGAUGGAUGGGGUUUAUUUGCGAUGUCUUUUAUUGUGUAUAUGCCUCUUAAAUGUAUUCUGAUUGCAUGCUUUGAAACAAUGAGAAAUAAAAAGGAACAAAAA